AUGGCCCUUUUGCGCGCUGUGUUUCCAUUAGUGCCAAAGGUACCAAGUUACUUUCUUAAGGCUGUCCCUUUGCUUCCUAACGCUGGACGUUACCUGUCGACAUCCAAAAGCUAUGCUCAAUCACCGGAGUUUUCAAGCAUUUUGGAGGAACGUAUCCUUGGGCAGGCUCAGCAGGCUGAGUUGGAGGAAACUGGGCGUGUUCUCAGCAUUGGUGAUGGUAUUGCUCGAGUAUAUGGUCUGAAGAAUAUUCAAGCCGAGGAGAUGGUGGAGUUUUCUUCUGGUCUGAAGGGUAUGGCUCUCAAUUUGGAACCCGACAAUGUUGGUGUCGUGGUUUUUGGUAAUGAUAAACUCAUCAAGGAAGGCGAUAUUGUCAAGCGUGCUGGUGCUAUUGUUGAUGUUCCCGUCGGCGAGGAGCUUCUCGGUCGUGUCGUUGAUGCUUUGGGGAGUCCAAUUGACGGUCUUGGUGCCAUUUCCACUAAACAGCGCCGCAGGGUUGGUGUUAAGGCUCCCGGCAUAAUUCCGCGCACUUCCGUCAAAGAGCCUAUGCAAACUGGCAUGAAGGCCGUCGAUAGUCUAGUGCCAAUCGGACGUGGCCAGCGUGAGCUGAUAAUUGGUGAUCGUCAAACGGGAAAAACAGCUAUCGCUAUCGAUACCAUAAUUAACCAGAAGCGCUUUAAUGAGGGCGCUGAUGAGAAGAAAAAGCUCUUCUGCAUUUAUGUUGCUAUUGGUCAGAAGCGCUCUACUGUUGCUCAACUUGUCAGGCGUCUGACUAUUGCUGGGGCCAUGAAAUACACGAUUGUUGUGUCCGCUACUGCUUCUGACGCUGCCCCACUUCAAUAUCUUGCUCCCUACUCUGGUUGCGCCAUGGGAGAGUACUUCCGUGACAACGGAAAGCAUGCUCUCAUCAUCUACGACGAUCUUUCCAAGCAAGCUGUUGCUUACCGUCAGAUGUCCCUCCUUUUACGUCGUCCUCCGGGUCGUGAAGCUUAUCCUGGUGAUGUUUUUUACCUACAUUCGCGUCUGCUGGAGCGUGCUGCUAAAAUGAACGACCAGUAUGGAGGCGGUUCCCUCACCGCUCUUCCAGUUAUCGAGACUCAGGCCGGUGAUGUAUCCGCUUACAUACCUACCAACGUUAUAUCUAUCACUGACGGUCAAAUCUUUUUGGAGAACGAGCUUUUCUUCAAGGGUAUUCGUCCAGCUAUCAAUGUUGGUCUGUCUGUCAGUCGUGUCGGUUCCGCAGCUCAGACUAAGGCUAUGAAGCAAGUUGCUGGUCGAAUGAAGCUUGAAUUGGCGCAAUAUCGUGAAGUUGCCGCUUUUGCGCAAUUUGGAUCCGAUCUUGAUGCCACAACUCAAGCUCUAUUGAAUCGUGGCGUUCGAUUGACGGAACUCUUGAAGCAGGGUCAAUACGUACCCAUGGCUAUCGAGGAGCAGGUUGUAGUUAUAUACGCUGGUGUCCGUGGUCAUUUGGACAAAAUGGAUCCAUCGAAGAUUACUAAAUUUGAGCAGGAUUUCCUAAAGUACUUCAAGGCAAAUCACCAAGAUAUCCUGAAAACCAUUCGGGAUGUCGGCGAAAUCUCCCAAGAGUUGGACGAUAGACUAAAGACCAUUGUUACUGACUUCUUGGCAAGUUACCAAUCCUAG